UAACAGAACUUACGUUUCGCAACACUGUGAUGCAAAUAAGAACUGAUGAUGCAUUUCAAACGCUCGAUAUUGUCAAAAAUCCGCACUGGAGAUUCAGAACAGUAUUUACUCUCUCAAAUUGUCACAAUGUUUGAUCAUAUAACCGAUACGUAAAGUGACUAACGCAAUUGAUUUCAUUCAACUUUUUCAAAACAAAUAUGGCUGCCAUCGAAAAUAAUGGAUUGAUUAUGGAAGUUACGUCCCAUGGUGAACUAAACGUAAACAAUGGGGUAAAGGAUGACAUUUCUGAUUCUAUGGUCAACAAUGAUCAGAUUUGCGUUACUGAUGAAGACAUGUUAAACGAUGUGUUGUCUAAUACACAGGAAGCUUCUUUUCCAGAUAGUGUACAGUUGCAGUACACCAACAUUUCAGAUGAAAAUGGGGUCCUCCAGGAUGGUGCAAUAUUAGAGGAGGCUGAUGGACAAGUGGUCCAUUUCAUCACAAAUGAUGAUGAAGAUCCUUCAGAUAAUGCCCAACUAACAAACAAUUUUGUUGAUGGAAACACAGCAACCUUUGAUGGAAAUGACACAGAAAUUAUGCAAACACCAGAUCAAAAUGUCAAUGUGCAGUUCAGUACAUUUCAAAACCAACAAAUGACCACAUUUCAAGCAGCCCCGAGUCAAGUUAUAAUACAAAAUCCCGAUGUUACAGACAGUAUCCAGCCUGUUCAACAAGUGUUACUGACUCAGUCUGUGAACAAACAAGAUCCAGCUCCGUUAGGGUCAAGUUUAAAUCCAAUCAGAAUAAUCCAGCAAGGAAACCAGUAUACACCAGUGCAGCAGUUGACAACAGACCAAUUACAGCAAAUCAUGCAUGUUGUUCAGCAGCAACAAGCAGCUAAAGCUGGUUCAAGUGUUCUUUAUAAUGCACAGACAAAUACCAAAAUUGUGUAUCGAGUCAUAUAUCCAUCUCAAUUACACAAGGAUUCCGACAACACAGACAGUGCUACACUUGCAAAUAGUUUACCAAAGCGUGUUUACAAGAAGAGAAUGAAAGAAGAGGAAGAAAAGAUUGAAGGUCCGGAAUUAUCAAAGGAAGAAAAAGAAAUGAGGAAGAAAAUGCGACCCAAAACUAGAUCUGGACGUAUAUCGAAGCCCCCAAAGCACAUGGUAUCAGAUUAUAAGCAUAUUCAUGUGUUAGAUUAUGAUGAAGAUUAUGAUGAUGAUGAUGGUGGGUAUUCUGAUUUCAAGAACAGUGAAGCAGAAGAUGGGGAAGAAAUUCCUAUUAGAACAAAUGAUGACCUUGUAACAUAUGGUUUAGACAGUUACAAGCCAAAGAAAUGGAAGUGCAUUACCUGUGGUAAGGCUUACAUUGGGAGAGCAGGGCUAGGUCGACAUUUGCGCAUAAACCCCUCACAUGGAGCCAUUGAUCCUGACGGUGACGGUGAUAUGGAACCCCCUGAUCCAAACAUAACACCACCAGACCCCCCAGAUGAAAGUCAGCUGGGCAUACCUGUGACCCCAAACGGUGGCCUCAUUGCUGCCAACAGCACAGGCAGCUUCUCCGAGGACAGUCGAGACUCUGCAGUGAGUCUCACACACACCCAGACUCCCCAGCCUCGGGGUAGGGGAAGGGGACGGGGACGUGGCCAUUGGAGGGGAAGGGGAGCAUGGAGGGGAGUCGAUGCUGCCACAAGGAGAAAGAACAAAUUAAAGGAGAUUGUGCGUGAGUGUACAGAUGAGGAGCUGAUGGAGAUCGUGCUGCCUCACCUGGCCAAGGUGAUCACACUCUGGGAGUUUCUCCUCAUGAAGGUGGAGCAAGGCAGUCCCCCUGGGGACGUACAUGUGGACAGUGUCUACCGAGAGUAUGAGAACCUCCACUCUCAUGUUCGCAAUCUCUGCCAGAAAUACCUCGAACUCAUCCCGCAGUUGGAGCCUGUGCAAGAUUCACAAAAAGUGCUUCAGGUUGACAACAAGGUGAUAGCUGAGGCUCUAGGACUUGAAAUGGGAACUCACAAGGUGAAGGCCAUACAAGACAAUGACAGUGAACUGCAGUAUAGGUACAAGUUUCUCACUACCAAUACAGAAUUCAUAAAACGCAGUGUACUGAAACGAACUGUUGAAGUCGUUUCACCAGAGGAAAUGAUCUCACCAAGCAAAAAACCAAAACCUACUGCACAUGUGAAAACUAGGAAUGUACUGGAGAAAACUGAAGCACAAUGUGGUAAAGAAUCUGACAAUGUUGUCAUAGUGACGAAUAAUAGAGGCUCUCCGAGUAAGGGUGUGACUAUGAGCCCCAUGAUAAACAAAUCACAGCCAUUGACGUCAAAUAUUAAGGUACUUCCUCCCAUGUCAGUAGUGGGGUUUGGUAAUUCUAAGGCAGCUUAUUCAGGGAAAACAGUGUCAUUACUCUCAUCUAAUUCAUCCACCUCAUCUAUCGCUUCACCAAUCCAGUCAUCUACCAUUACCUCCUCACCACAGAAAAUCAUCAUAGUCUCAGGGAUGAACCAGUCUGGCCUUGGCUCCACAGCCCUCACUAGUACGCCAAAAGUUGUUGGCCAGAAAUCUGUAGUAACUUCAUUGACUACGGCAGUCCCACUGUCAGCUCCAGUCACCUCUCAACCAGCCGGCCAGAUCAUUACACUGACCAAUGGUCAGGUGAACUCUCAGAGUGGGAUUAUAAUCAAUGACAAUGGGUCAGCCACUUACACUGUGGCAGAUCUUACUAAUAAUGUUCAAGAUGGGAGGCAGAGUAUUAACAGUGUAGCAGUGAAUUCCGGGGUGCAACAGCAAGUUAUUAUCAAACUUCCACCAGUUACAAGUACUCAGCAGUUUCUGCAACCAAAACUAGUGCUACAUGGGAAUGAGAUGAACAUGUUGAAUUCCAUACCUCAGAGUGCCAGUGGGUUUGUGCAGCUCAAUCCUGGACUACAAACAAUUCUUCCUUCAGAUGACACAUUAUCUGUUCAAAGUAGUCCGAACAGUUUGCAGUCCAGUGUUCUGUACACGUUUGCUAAUGGAAGUGGAGCUGCAAGUUCUGACAAAGUAGUGCUUAUAAAUUCAGAUACAGUGUAUCUAAAUGAUACAACAGAUUCCUUUCCAGUGCUUCAAACUGAUAUAAACGACUCAACAUCACAGAAUUCUUAUACAACUAGUGAUGGUGUUUUAGUAAAUGGAAAUAGUUCUUCUCAAAGUGACAACAAAAACCAUAUGGACCAAGAGUCAGGGUCUAUAUUGAACACUGGAGAUUCAGAGCAGUUCCUUACAACACUUCCUUUAGAAGGGAGGGACCAUACCGUGGAGUUUAGAUCUGACCAGGAGUUUGAUGGGGCCAACCUGGAUGGUAUUGCAUGUAACGGUUCUACUGAUGAUAUGGAUCCUGGAGCUGUUAAUGGCCAAGACGGGCUUGGGGAUGAUGAGAUGGGACAGGUGGAGACAAUGCAGGUCCCUGCCGCUAACAUCUACCAGACAGAGGAUGGGCUCAUCUUUAUACAGAAUCCUGAUGGCACAACACUGCAGCUUCAGGGAUCUGAUGGACAGCCUGUUUCCAUGGAAACUGUUCAAGCCCUUCUUGGCAUGGACAUAGAUACACAACUUAUCACAGCUGAAAAUAGCCAGUAAAAUAUUUAACAAAAGUGGCUGUGUAUGUUCUUAAUUUUUUUGAAGCAUAAAAUUUAAAUGCUGAUCUGUAUUUUUUUCCUUUUUCAUUUUUCUGAUAAGUUCUUAAAAAUUAAUUUUCAUGAGGCAGAUAUAUGCAUGUACUAAAUGGUAAGGUUUAUACAAACUUUUCAGAUUAACUAUUGUUUGUUCUUAUCAAAGGAAGUAUGGUGACUGAACUUUGCCCAACAAUCCUGCUUUCAAUUUUUUGCACUUUUGACAGCAAGGACCAUGAACAUAGGAUGUCUUAUAGUUUUACCUGCGGCAUACUUGUUUAGUUCAGUGUCCAGAAUGUUGUCCGAUCAAUAAUAUGACAAGCCUUUGUCCAAUCAUCACCAAAUUUGGUCAGAAUGUGUUUUGGCAUAAAAUCUCAGCCACAUUGCUUGAGAGUUAUCGACCUCUAAUAAUAUAAAUUGCCUAAAAUCAGUCUUGUCCAAUAAUCACCAAAUUUACCCCCCCCCCUCCUCUCUUUAAAUUUAUAUAUUACCUAGAAUUGGUCUUAAAAGCCUUAAUUCAACCAUCACCAAAUUUAGUCAGAAUGUGUAUGUGCAUAAUAUCUUGGGACAAGUUGGCUAACAAGCCACAUUGCUAGAGUCAUUUGUCCGAUCAAUAACUUUAGAAGCUUUGUUUCGAUAAUCACCAAAUGUAGACAAUUGAUUUAUGGGUAGAAUAUCUUGGUAAGGUACGAUAACAAGCCACAUCUUCGUUGUCACUGCUGAGUUAGGACCCUUAAACUGGCUAAAACUAUAUUUAUAGUGUCUGCUCACUCAAUUUGGUGUCCUUAAAAUAGAACAGGAGUAUUUUGCGACAUUUGGCGCUCCUGUUUUUUUGUAUAUUCUUGCAGAGAGUGGUUACAGUAGAGGUGGUGUUAAAUAGUGAGACAGAAGUACAAAAUUAAAAAUAUCUUUUGAGAAGAAAAAAUAUGGAUGGACAUAUGGAAAAAAUGGUGUUUUAAUAUAUUAUUAUAUAUCAAACUUAUUUGCACUGUUGUUGUUUUUUUUGUUAGUACAGGUGAUUAGUUAAUGGGUGCUUUUUGGCAAGGUGGAAGUCAUUUAUGAUCAUCAUGUGUUCUUUAUGCAUAGAUCCAGUUGUUAAAUCAAUUUGUACCAUGUUUGAGGGCAUGUUCUUUGUUUUCGUCCAUAUUGGAUUGGUUACAAGUAGAAUUGGCGUAAGCGGUUUAUAACUACUGUAUGAAAUAUUUCCCUGUUCAAUUAUACUGCAUGCUAUUUAUUGAACGUUGUCCUUGGCAACAUAACAGUUACGUCACCCUCAAUGCUCGUGGUUGAAAUUAUACACUAGUGCUCAAGAAUAGUCUCAAUUACUCCAUUAACUAUUACUUCAACAGGAAGUGUAUGGAAUGGAUACAGUAUGUGUGUACCAAAUUACACAGUACAUUUAUUUAUUAGGGAAGGUGUAUUCCAGUUCAACUAUCAAAAAGAUAAUUUUUGUUACCUAUUUAAAAAUACAGUAAACAUUGUUGGGAUUUCAACCGGCAUGUUUGCAAGAGCUAAAUCUCAUUUAGGAAAAGGGGUUUCAACAUCAAUUGUUCAGAAAUGUUUUGCUUUUGUUGUUUGUAUCCUUCACUGAUUUGUCAUGUUUUCCAUGAACACAUGUUUAUAAAUAUAGUUUAAGUAUGAUGCAGUCAUGCAAAUGAGUAAAAUAUUUGUACAGUGUACUACAUGAAUACAUUCAACACGGUGAUCACAUGAUUUGUAUUGCAAUGAAGUUUUGAAUAUGUUAAUGAACUCUUGAAAUUGCAUUCUUUUAUUGUAAAAUAUACAUUGCUUCCUAUGUUUUAACAUAAAUGUAAGCAAUAAACUAUUUAAAGUAU